GUUUUGUUCUUUCGAAAUUGUUCAAAUUUUAAAUUGAAAUGGUGGAGCAACAGAAAAAGCGCUUGGAGGGCGCCAUCAGCGACAUGAUCGAGGACAUGUACCGCACACACUUGCGCAGAAUGCAGUCUACGAUGCACCGCUGUGCCGCCCGCUGCUGCGACGAUGAUCGUGGGACGCUGGAGAGCGUACAGAACUGCAUCGAGAAGUGCGCCGGCCCGCUGAUGGAUGCCCAGGAUUUCUUGCAGCACGAGCUGGGCCAGUUCCAGAAUCGACUUCAAAACUGCGUCAGGGAUUGCAACAGCGAUGCGCGGUCCCAACUGCCCAGCAAUCCGAGUGACCGGGACAUGUCUCGAUCCCAACACAUGUUUGAGAGUUGCACGAACACCUGUGUGGACAAACACAUAAACCUGAUACCAGGUCUGCUCAAGUCGAUCAAGCAAACUCUGGACAGGGGUCCGCCGAAAAGAUCACGCAACAUGGAUGCCUGACGGGGAUGCAAUUCAGGAGCA